AUUUUUCACGAGAUAACAAUUAGUCUUUAUUGACACCUUGUAGACUCUUGUUUCGAAAUACAGUCGCCGUUUCGUUUAUUUUACAAAAUUUUAUUGUCACUGUCAGAUUUUAGAAACUGCGGGACCGUGAUGCAAAAAUCAGUCGCAGGUGAAGAGUCUGGGGAGUCGCUGGUUUUCUUUGACCUGGAGACGACUGGACUGGGUCCGAGUUGUGACAUCGUCCAGCUGGCUGCAGUGAGCGGAGGUCACUCACUCAACCUCUACGUCAUCCCUCGGUGUGGAAUGCAGCGAGGAGCAACCAGAGUGACUGGCUUCAGGGUCCGCAGACAGAAGCUGUACCUGCAUCGCCAGCUUGUUCUCACCAACUCCCUGCGAGAGGUCCUGGUCUCCUUCAUAGCUUUCCUUCAAAUGUUGAAACGCCCACUUGUCGUCGGCCACAACAUUCGCCGCUUCGACUGUCCUCUGCUGGCUCGAGCUCUCGAUGAAAUGGACCUCAGAGAUGAGUUUGACGCUUCGAUCUCAGGCUGUGUUGACACUCUGCCACUGGCCCGUGAGAUGCUGAAGGACCGCUGCCUCCAGAGUUUUCGACAGGAGAAUCUGGUGAAGGAGCUGCUGGGUGUGACCUACAAGUGCCAUGAUGCUUUGGAGGAUGUGCGGGCAUUGCAGGCUCUCUAUAAUGUGCUUCAGCCCACGCCAGACUUGGUUUGUAGGCAUAUGUUCACUCUGGACACCAUGGAAAACAAGCAAGCUGUGAAAGCUGCCAAAGCUAAAGUGCCCUGUAACAUGCCAGGACAGCGCCCCCUGUGGGAGCACUUCAGACAGACAGUGAAAGUCACAGAAAACAAAGCAGAGGACUACAAUGGAGAACUUAACGGAUUAUAAAAUUUUUAACAUCAAUAAAUUAUCAGACUUGAAAAUAUUCUGUAAAUAAAUAAGACCAUAACCCAGAAGACUGGCAGCCUCUACUGCCUUGUACAUUUUAUAUUGUGUGCCAGACACUGUAACGUAUAAAACCCACUGCAUCACUUUAUGGCACAAAACAAGUCCAGUAUCCAAACAGAGCUGAAAGGGUCAGUUUCCUCCAGUUGAUGGUGGACCAUUACCGAUGGGGAACAGUAACUUCAAACAUGCUGAUCUUCUUCAGUGAGGCCAAAAAGGAAAACAAGAAAACUCCAGCAGCAGUUUGUGGAAGCUUUUGAAAGGUGAGAGGAAGAUUACAAACACAUCACAUCCACAUCUGGAAGUCACACAGUUCUACCUCAUCCCUUUGCACCACUUGCAUCUUAGCCUAAAAGGACCUUUAGUUCUUCUAGAUUACUUUUAUUAGCUUAAUCAGUCUGGAGUUUCAAAUCGGUAAACAUCAGAUGAACAGCCUUUUGAUUAUUAACACAUUCACUUUCAUUAAUUUCACAACAAUGCCCAGGUCAGAGACAAGAGGGUCUGUUGCACCUCAGGCAGCUUUUGAAAUCAGAUGCUCUUAUCCACACCUUCACCAUUUAGUUCAGUCACAACAAAAAGGCAGACUGUCUUUAUCCACAAUGAGUUUUUAUUAACAAAGAGCUUAGAAUCUGACGUCUGUUUAUGUGACUUGGAAAUGGUGAAAAUGUGAGUAACACUGGGCAGAUUUUAAAAUGUAUUUCUGUUAUUCCACUUUCAACCCAGAAUUUUCAGUCAUCAAUAUCAUAGUGAGCACUGCUGGAAAUUGGCCUUACAUAUAUAGUUUGGUUACUGAAAUUGUUUGUGCUUUUAUUUGUUUCUAGGAACUUUGCAUAAUAUUUUUAUUGGAGGUAAAUAGUUCUGCUAAUAAAUGUAUGGUAUUUCUACAGCGUGUCCCAAAUUAUA